UUUGGAGAAUAUUAUCAGGCAGUUGCAGUGAACUGUGGAUAUUCUGCUUGCUAUCCUACAACAAUCCUACUCAAGGAUGUUGCGGCAACAUUACCUUUGUCCCAACAGUGAGGAAAAAAGAUUGAAUCAUACUAACAGCAACAGGAAUGCAACAGCUCUGAUGAAAAAGUGCUCAGGCCAGCCAAUGGACAGUUGCAACAGUAGUUACCCAGAAUUGCAAACCUGUUCAAAGUCUCGCUUCCGAGGUGAUCUGCACUGUCCCAUUUGUCUCCACGAUCCAAUGCUUCCUGUGGAAACCAGCUGUGGACAUUUAUUUUGUGGGCCAUGUUUAAUUGUAUAUUGGAAACAUGGGUCUUGGUUAGGACCUGUAAGCUGCCCUCUAUGUCGAAGAAAGGUGAGCCUGCUCUGUGGACUGUCCCAUGAGAAUCACCAGGAGUGGCAGGGGCAGCAGAUCCUCCGAGAUAUCAGAGAAUACAACAAGCGUUUCUCUGGCCAGCCUCGACCCUUUGCAGAUUAUGUCUGUGACAUGCCACUUUUGCUCCAGAUGGCCUUCAGAGGGCUCUUGACGAUGGCGGGAUUAGUGUGGAUCUUCCGUUUAAGGAUUGCAAUAUGCUUCUUUGGAGCCAUCAUCCACCUUACUUCUCCUCUUGAUAUUAUACCUGAAACGUUCAAUGGGAUCUUGAGGACUUUUGAUGAUUUGACAGUUGUAAUCCUGUUGCUUUUCUGUAUGAUUAAUAUUUGCCAGCAGAUGGGGCUAGAGGAAGCGACUUGAACAAAUGCCACAACUCAGCGUCUAACCAGACUUAAUAUGUGAACCAUUUCUAACAAAUGUUCAAGGAAAACUGUAAAUAUGCUUUAGUAAUUUGAAUUGAUACCUGUACACACAUUUUUAAUAUUACCAUUGCUUAGUAUUUAAUAUCCUUGUUUGUAAAAAAAUAACAAGAUGCUCUAAACUGUUUUUAUGUUAAUAAAUCUGAAACUAUUUAUGCAUUUGACUAAUAGGUAUAAAAUCCAUUUUUAAAAACCUUGAAGGUCCAAAAUGAAAAUGUUUUAAUUCCAUAAUUAACUUUAUUUAAUAACAUCUGUUUGAAACCAAAAAAAAAACGAGUAUUAUUUUGAAAUUUUGAGUGAAUUUGGUCCAAGAAGGCAAACUUGGGUUGGUUUCUCUGGAGCAUCAGAAGCUGAGGGAAGAACUGAUAGAAAUAUGUAAAAUUACGGGAGGUAUAGAUAGGGUAGGUAGUCAGAGUUUUUUUCCCAAAGUAGAAAUGUCAAGUACUGGAAGCCAGGUAAAAGGGGAAAAGUUUAAAGGAGAUUAAUGAGGCAAGUUCUUUAACAGACAGUACAUGCUGCCAAGGUAGGUAGGAGAAACAGAUACAAUAGCAACGUUUAAGAAGCAUUUAGACUGAUACAUGGGCAAGUAAUAAUGGGAUACAGACCAAGUGCAGGCAAAUGGAAUUAGUUCAGAUUGGCACUGGGCUGAAGAGGCCGUUCCUGUGCUCUAUAGUUCUAUAUGAGUGUUAAGCUCACUUUCAAACUGGUCCUUUUGGAAAGUAAAACAGGAAAAUGAAGCCAUGCUGUCAGUAUGCUCCAAGCAAAUGAGUCACAAUGAAGUCGGAAAAUAUCUAGGAAAGGUACCCAGAAGGUUUGGAGUUAAUUGAAGAAGCAAUUUAUGGAGUAGCUGUCCAUUCAGGAAGUGAGCCUGGCAAUUACUGGGAAACUUUAAUAAAAUAAAAGCUAGGAAAGGCGUGAAUGAAGAGGCAGAGGAUGACACAGAAAACAAUAAGGUAGUAUUUAUUUGUGACUUCUAUUGUCCAAUUCAUACAACAUUGUUGUUUAUAAAUCAGAGUGCUAAAAAGAAGAAAAUAUCCCCAUGUGUCCACUGUGACCCAGUACACUCCUAGGAGACUGCAUCCCCAACAUGAAAGCUGGCUGGUGAAUGUAUAAAUGAGGCUCUUGCUGUCUAAAUCUUUUGGUGAUUAUGUCCCAAGUCAGCUGCUGGCUGCAUUUCUCAUCUAUCAUGGCCCUGCUGACAGAGGGAAACUAACUGGAUUUUCAGCUCCUAUCACUGAUCCUGCCAAGCCAUUAAUUUUGAGUAGAGGCAUCGAACCACAUCAGGAAGAUGCAGACUAAAUGAUAUUGAUAUUAGUUAUGAUCCACACUUCAUGGUUCUCACCCAUAUUCUAAUUCUAUCCAAUUUUAAAAAGGCAAACCCACAAAAUUGUUCCAGUUGCAUACUUCAUGACUCAGUUGGCUGUUCUCAUGCCACUGUUCCUGUUUUCAGGCAGGCCAGCUGAACUUGAACAUGUUUCAGGAAACCUGUGUAAAUUGACUACAAUGGGGCUCUGUUUGUGGCUUGAAUUUUGCCAUGAGCUCAUCCAAAACUCUGAUAUGCAUUUAGUUACAAUAAUAGCAAGCACCCAUGAUUACAGUAGUGUACCAGUGAUGUCCACCGUACUGCUAUUGGAGUAUUAAAAAGGCAUUUGGCUGCCUUAACAGUAACAAGGGUAAGGGAGGAAAUUAAGAAACACAUUCAUACUUGUAUCUGCAAUUAAUGUCUUUGAGAUUCACCAUUUUUUCAUCAAAUAUUCUGUGAUACUGAUUUUAGGUCCUAAAGGUAUUUAGAUCCAAGUAAACAUAGAUUUUAUUGUUUUAUCAGGAAGCAAAUAUAUUAUUUUUAGAUGAAAAUUUCUUCCAGACUUCCUGACACCAUUUUGACUAUCACUCACUAACUUUUGAAUAAUAAUUGUCUUUGUAUUGAUGUCAGUAAUAGAUUCAUUGUUAUACAAUACUUCAGUGACUACAGUUGUGAAUGCCACCAUUAUUAUCGAUAUGGUAAUUCCUGAUGUGAAUUAAAUGCCUCUCAGAGUACAGGUUUAGAUUACUUAACAAGGUCCCUUUGCUGACUCUCAUAUUUGUUUCUCUCAUACAUGGUUUGAUAAACAACUUUAUCCCAUUUGAUAAAGUUGCUUUUUCAUUCAAUUCUGCCUUUCCAUUACUGCUACCGAGACAGUACAAGCUGUUGAGAAGCAUGUUCAAGGAUUAUGCUGUGCAGGAAUGAAACCAGUGCAGAGUUUAGAGUUAUGGAUUUCUUCAGCAAGAAGUUAACCAAGCGAUAAUCCACCCUGCAAUACUUCACCAUCAGAAACAACUUCCUUUGCCAAUGGCACUCAAUGUAUCUUGAGUGUAUCUACCAGGUUCAAAGUGCCCACAAUGGGAGCACUGUACUAGGAAAGGGCAGGCGAACGAGUGAAGAAGAAAUUAGUGGUUUCCAUUACUUUCAGUUAGCCUAAUCUGCUCUCUUCCACAUUGAAGUAUUAAACAAUAUCAGUCAUAGAGAGGGACAACAAGGAGAGUGGCCUUUUGGUGGUCGGUAUAGGGCCAGACUAACCCUCAAGAGCCUGAUCAUAAUCCACUGUCUGAGGUCCAGUGACUAUGUUUCCAAAUUUUGUGUUUUCACUCUGAAAUUAUGAAAUAGAUGAACAGCUUUAGUUUCAAUCUGAAAUCAAGCCUUAAGUAUGCAAGCAUGUGCCUGGUGCACAGAGAAGCACAACAGGAGGCUCAUGUGAACUUCCUGCCUUGUAAACUCAGACAACACACUCUAAUUUCUCCCAGUGGAUUAAAGACAGGAGCAAAGCAGAAAAUCAUGGAUCCAUGACUGCAGGGAUAUUCUUCUCAGUCAACAAGACAACUUUACAGAAAUAAAAGUAAUAGUUUACCUGGGCCUCCUCUGGUUUUAAUCACUGGGGUAGAGGAAGGUGGGAGUGAUCAGGCUUCAGUACAGCUGUUGUAAACUGUAGAUUGGAUAGUGUCAGGUCUUAACAACCUGACAAUUAUGUAACGAAGAGUCUGCAUGUAGAUGGCCAAAAAAUCGCAGGAAACAUUACAAUUAUAUUGAUUGCUGGCACAAAUGUGUUGGGAGAGCAGUAUGAGGUGUCCUAUCCAUUAUUUUGAAUACCCCCUGGAUCCCAGCAAACCAAGCCUGCUCCUAAUAUGGGGGUAGUGUUAAAAGAGGUGUUGUAUUUUCCCACAUUUAAAGACCUUCAGCAUUGAUUUAUUAUAAACUUGUAAAGUCCUUUCUUCCAAAUAAUAAAUCAAUGGCAAACAAUAAUUGAACAUGUUUUUGUGUACAUUUACAAUUUCAAUGCAUAUGCAGCUUGAACCCCAAUUCAGAGAACAACAUGACAUCUGUGUGAAUCUCCCUGGUAUGAACCUCUGAUUUACAAGAUAGUUUAAUGUUAUAACAAAAGUGAAACUGCUUGCACAUUUUAACAGUUUUUACAUUAAAUGAUUUUUUUUAUUAAACAUAUCCAAUAUACAUUUUUCCAACUGAAUUGUCCAGAAUUUAAGUUUACAUUUUACGCAGUAUAAUCUUUCACAUAAAGAAUAAAGGCAGUGCUCUAGUAAUAGUAAUUUCACUUGGAAAGAGUGAAUUUCACUUGGCCAUUUUCUCUAGAAUGCUGGGACAAUCAGACGUUUUGCAUAAUAGUUCUGUAUUCCCUCUGGUGAUCAACAAGCUUCAGGAAGACUUUAUAUUUGUUGUCAUAAUACCUACAAAAAUGUAGUAAAACUAUUUUAAUAAUAAAAAAUAGCAUCCUUAAAGUGAUUCUGGUUGUUUUGGUCUGAUUGUUUCAUUUAGAAAAAAUUGCCGAUGUGAUUUAAAUGAUAUUUCAUUACAGAAAUGUGUUUCUCUAUUUGAUGAUUGGGCAUAUUUAUAGCAGGCAAAUAACAAUACCAGACAAACUUUAUUGGUCCUUAGGCUAAAACCCAUUUCCCUUGAGAUUUCCUCUGUGCAGCAUAGAUGAGCAGACACAUGGGAAUGAUGCACAACAUGCGUGCCUGCAGAAGUUUGGGCCCCAGAUGUUUCCUGUGUUGUGUUUCAAUGGUGGUUGAAAAACUGCCUUGUCCCAGCAGUUUUUUGUAGCGUUCAGUGGCUGUGUAACUUUUACUCAAAUGCUUCAGGCUAUUUGCAAUUUUUAUUGUGAAACCAACAUAAAGAACACAAAACCAAAACUGUAAAUGCACCUAUUAUCUAUAAAAGGCAUGAAAGAUACAUGAAAGUCAUUUUGUGAAGAGUAAAUAGCCAGUGGGCAGGAAAUGAAUUUCAACUGCAAUCUAAUAAACGGGUUCAUAUUAGGUUGAAGUCUAAUAAAGAGGUUCAAUUUAACAACAAAACUCAAAUGAUAACCAACCAUCAAAUGGAUUAUAAUACUGUAUCAAAGGUCUAAAAUCACUUUAUUUUUCAUUUAUUGACAUUAUUGAUUGUGCAAUUUAUAUGAUAGUUGGAAACUGAGAAACUUUAGGAGCAGUGUAAUGAACUUUAAAUUGCUAGCAGAAAUUGCUUGAGAGAUUAAAUGGGUUUGUUUCCCUGAUUUAAUAAACUAUGUUGUGCCAUUAUGUAAAAAAGAUCUGUGUGGUUUACAUGUUUGUAAAAAUGAUACCAGGAUGUGGAGUUUUAUCAUCUGCCAGGAUAUCCAGCACUGUACCAAGGACAUCUGUUUCCCAUUGUAAAUUGUGUACAUGUCUGGAGUGCAAUUAAAUAUGUUUGAUAAUCUCA